AUGGGUGCCAAAAAAGAAAAGGGUUUGUGGACGUAAACAUGCGCUGGGACUUGCCACAUGCGCAAACCCGUGGCCGUACCAUGCCCAGCAUUCCAACGCCCAUGUAAGCGAUGUUGCGCGAGGCAGAUGUCACGUAGUUCACGUAUAGGACGUUGUGAUGUUUCAAAAACAACAGCGGGACACAGAGAUGCCUUCGUCGUCGUCCUUAAAAAACACGGUGAAUUUGGGAAACAGUAUCAUCGGCGUCAGCAUACUUGCAAUGCCGUACUGUUUCCAAGAGUGUGGAAUCAUCCUGAGUUCGUUGCUGCUGCUGGCCAGCGGAUUACUCACGAGAAUUACUAGCCAUCUUCUGUUGAAGUCAGCCAUUGCGACACGCAGAAGAAAUUAUGAGUUUCUCGCAUUUCAUACGUUUGGACCCACGGGAAAGCUAUUGGUAGAGAUCGGGAUCUUGGGUUUUCUUCUUGGUUCCUGCAUAGCUUUCUUCGUGGUGGUCGGUGACUUGGGUCCACCACUGGUUGCACAGUUCCUUCUAGUCGAGCCUUCCCCGCGACUCCGUACGGGCGUCCUCGUGUUGCUUGGCACCUGCGUGGGCCUCCCCUUGGGCCUCCUACGCAACCUCGACAGCCUUACCAGCUUCAGUAUCAUGUCGUUGGUCUUCUAUGUCUUCCUUAUACUAAAGAUCUUCUCCGAGUCAUUCUCGGUGCUCUGGUCGGGUGACUGGUGGAGCCGCGUCGUCCUCUGGAAGCCGGAGAACCUUCUCUCAGUGUUGCCCAUAUUUGCGAUGGCCCUCUCCUGCCAGCCGCAACUAUUCGAAAUAUUUGACACCGUGAAUGAGCCGUCCCUCAAGCGGAUGAACUCUGUGGUGAACAGGGCUGUUCAACUCUGCUCUUCAGUUUACUUCAUGAUGGGGUUCUUCGGGUACGUGGCCUUCUGCGGCGGAGGUCCCAUUCCCGGGAAUGUCCUUGUGCGGGUGAGCCCGUCCCUCCUGUCCCAGGUGAUCAAAUUGGGCUUCGUAGCGACUCUGGUGGUGAGCUUCCCCCUCUGCCUGUUUCCCUGCAGGACGAGCCUCCACUCUUUGCUCUUCAAGAGGGGCAGCAAACAUCUCGAGCCGAGCCACAUUCCUGUAGGGCAGUUCCGUGCCCUGACCGUCCUCCUGGUGGGGGUGACGGUCUCCUGCGCCGUCCUGUUCCCCGAUGUGGAGGUUGUGCUGGCGUUGACGGGAUCGAGCAUCGGCAGCCUCAUCUGCAUCGUCAUGCCGGCCCUCAUAUUUGCUCGACUCACCUCGCGCGAAACAAAUGAGCGAUUACUGGCACAGUGUCUCUGCUGUCUGGGCAUUUUCUUGAUGGUGACAUGUACACUGACGACUCUUCACUCAAUGUCAAGCACCCCACAGCGACCUGCCUUGGGGCGUUCUGUUGCAGUCGUUAGCACCAUGAGUCCGAUGAAGGUCGUAACACCGGCUGCAGUUGCAGUUGUCAGUGCACCAGCACAGGAGCCAGCACAAGUACAAAAGAGGGUGGAGCCGCCAGAGCCGCAGGAGCCGCGGGAACCUAAACCAGUACUAGUCAGUCCAAAGGUUAUAAAAGCGAGCCCAGUUGUCAAAGUGCAGAAAGAGGGCUUGGACCCGGAAGCACUCAAAAAAGAAGAUAGGGAAAUAGAAGAAAGCGUCAGGAAGAAAACAGGAAAGCCGGUGGUGGAGAAGCAAGAAAGCCUUCUGGAGAAGAUUGCGGAGGAACAGAAGGAACAGAAAAAGAUCCUUGAAGACUUGCAGAAAAAACUGAAAGAAGAGCUCUUGAAACAUGAAAAGAAAGCAGAGGAGAAACCCGAGAAAAUAAUUCCGCCUGCUGUGAUUCCUGCACAUCCUCCUGUUCAGGUUCCUCCGCAAGUUCCUGCACAUGUUCCACAGCAAGCACCUGCUCAGGCCCCUGCACAAGCCCAACCUCAAGUUCCUGCACAUGCUCCUGUACAAGUUCUUCCACAGGCUCCUGCACAAGCUCCUGUACAAGUUCCUCCACAGGCUCCUGCACAAGCUCCUGUACAAGUUCUUCCACAGGCUCCUACACAAGCUCCUGCACAGGUUCUUCGUCAGGCUCCUGUACAAGCACCUGUACAAGUUCUACCACAGGCUCCAGCACAAGCACCUGCACAGGUCCUUCAUCAGGCUCCUGCGCAAGCACCUGCACAGGUUCUACAUCAGGCUCCUGCACAAGCACCUGUACAGGUUCUUCAUCAGGCUCCUGCUCAAGUACCAGCCCAGGUCCUUGCUCAGGUUCCUCCUUCCAAUAAGAGUUCUAAAAUCCCUGCACACUUCCCUAUUGUGAAGGCAAGUUCUGCACUGCCACCUCCUGAAAUGAGGAAGGAGCAGCCUCACAUAGAUGAACCUGCUCCCAAACCCAAAGAACCUGUGUCACGUGAUAAUGUAAUACUGCCAGAGAAAAGGGUGGAGCCCAUAGCCGCAAGAAUGGUGAAGGAUAUCGAGGACAAUCCUCCAGUGGCAAAGCGUGGUGCGGAAAGAAAUAGGACUGAUGGUGGAAUAAACCAAAGUGCCCAACCGUUGGUUCUAGAAAAACAUGAAAUUCGUUAGUUUUGUACCCGUUCAAUUUUUAUAUUUUAUAUAUUUUGACAAAAUAAAUAAAUGAUGUCACA